GUGAGAGAGAGAGAAAGGUGAUGGAUCCAACGGUGAAGAAGCAGUCAUCUUCCUCUGAUGGAACGAUCAGAGCCGUAAGAGCAGCCAUUAGACUGCUUGCCUUGAUGAUCUUCCUGGGUAUUCUUGUGUUGUUUGUGAUGAUGCCCACUAAUACUUACAAGAAAAAAUGGUUCGUUCAAGUCGUGGCAACAACUGAUUCCACGUAUUUUGGACGACAAGGUGCCACCAUCCUGAUUUAUACAUUUCCAGUACUAUUUUCUGCUGUCCUGGGCUGUGCAUAUCUCCAUUUGGGAAAGAAACUGAAUAAUAAUAAAUCUAAAAGCAGCCCAAAAGAUCGGCUGGCCGUAUUGAAGCGGCCUGUCCUCGUGAAAGGCCCUCUAGGGAUUGUUUCAAUGAUAGAGAUGCUCUUCUUAGUGAUGUUCAUUGCACUACUUGUUUGGUCGAUUUAUAGUUAUCUCCGCACUGGGUUUGAAGGUAUCGAAGAUAAAGCAGCCAAGAAAGGAGAGAAACUGUGGGUGUCCAAGCUGGGUGCUGCUGCUCUGAGGCUAGCGCUUACUGGGAACAUAGCCCUUGCAUUUCUGUUCUUUCCGGUGGCUCGUGGGUCGUCGAUAUUGCCACUUAUUGGCCUCACUUCAGAGGCUAGUAUCAAGUAUCAUAUAUGGCUAGGGCACACUUGCUUGACCCUCUUCACUACACAUGGUGUCUGUUUCAUCAUUAGGUGGAUUGCCAAGGACAGUAUCUGGAAGCAGAUCCGAGAAUGGGAUAGAACCGGUGUAUCAAUCCUGGCCGGAGAGAUAUCUCUGGUAGGUGGAUUAGUCAUGUGGGUGACUACCUUCCCUAGAAUAAGGAGAAAGAAGUUUGAGCUCUUCUUUUACACACAUUACCUUUAUAUAAUCUUCAUGUUGUUCUUCAUCCUCCAUGUUGGUAUCACCUACGCCUUCAUUUCUCUCCCUAGUUUCUACCUUUUCCUGGUCGAUCGCUACUUGAGAUUUCUACAAUCUCAAAGAAAAGUUCGCUUAAUUUCUGCCCGCGUUUUGCCAUGUGAAACUGUUGAGCUCAAUUUCUCAAAGACCCCAGGUCUGCAAUAUUCGCCAAUGAGCAUCUUGUUCGUAAAUUUACCUAGCGUUUCCAAGCUGCAGUGGCACCCUUUUACAGUCACUUCUAAUAGUAAUUUAGAGCAAGAUAAGCUCAGUGUGACGAUUAAAGGUGAUGGAAGCUGGUCAAAGAAGCUAUACCAGAUGCUUUCAUCGUCUUCAUCAGUUGAUCAUCUUGAAGCAUCCAUUGAAGGACCUUAUGGACCUGUUUCAACUAAUUUUCUAGGGCAUGAUACGCUUGUGAUGGUGAGUGGAGGCAGUGGGAUUACUCCCUUCAUCUCUGUUAUUCGAGAGCUAAUCUUCAGUAGUUCUGUUCUGAAAAUCAAAACCCCGAAAAUUCUCCUUAUUUCCUCUUUCAAGAGCUCUUCACACCUCACAAUGUUAGAUCUUAUCCUUCCCAUUUCGGGUGGCACUUUAGACCUAUCCGGCUUGCGGCUACAAGUCGAGGCCUAUGUGACAAGAGAGAAAGAACCUGCUACAGAGAAUGUUAAGCCCCUUCAAGCUCUAUGGUUCAAGCCGAAGGCGACAGACGCACCAGCAUCAGCAAUUCUAGGCCCAAACAGCUGGCUAUGGCUUGGCGCGGUAAUAUCAUCGUCUUUCGUCAUCUUCCUUGUCUUAAUGGGACUUCUUACUCGAUACUACAUCUACCCUAUUGAUCACAACACCGGCCUAGACUACCCGACCUCGGCUCAAGCUGCUUUCAACAUCUUAUUGAUGUGCGUCAGCAUAGCCAUAACAGCAAGUGGAGCUGUCCUCUGGAACAAGAAACAAAAUACCAUGGAAGCAAGGCAAGUUCAGAAUAUGGAAGGGUCUUCAGCCUAUGGGUCACCAGCAUCAUUCUAUAAUUCUGAUAAAGAGCUGGAAAGCCUCCCUCGCCAGUCUCUUAUCCAAUCCACCAAGGUGCAUUAUGGGAAAAGACCCGAUUUAAAGAGAAUUUUGUUUGAUUGCAAAGCAAAAAACGUUGGAGUUCUUGCAAGCGGGCCUAAGAAGAUGAGGCAUGAGGUUGCAACCAUAUGUUCUUCGGGUUUGGCAGACAAUCUCCAUUUUGAAUCCAUAAGCUUCAGCUGGAAGGGUAGUGGAUACAGCAAAAUUGAGAAGAAGACUACAGCAGAUGGAGCUUUGCUCGGUGAAGGGUGCAAGGCUGUAGCAAAAUUGAGAAGAAGACUGCAACAGAUGGAGCUCGACUCGAUGAAAGGUGCAAGGCUGCAGCAGAACACGGAAAAAGACUACAGUAGAUUGAGGUCAAUGAAGGGUACAAUUGUGAGUGGCAGCUCAGUCAAGGGUGCAGGGCUGCAACAGAACUCAGAAAAAGACUACAACAAUUGGAGCCGUACCACCGAACUAUGCCAGUCAAGGGCAUCACAGUCGGAAUGGGCCGGACAGCGUAGAGUCUUAUGGGGUCUUUUGUUUAUUUCGCCCUUGGAUACCAGGAGGGCAACUGCCUGGGUUAAGGUCCCGAGUUCGAAUCCUGGGGAGGCCACUCUGGGAUUCGAACUCGGGACCUUAACCCAGACAGUUGCCCUCCUGGUACCAUCUGAGCUAGUAGCCCAGAUGGUACCAGGAGGGCAACUGUCUGGGUUAAGGUCCCGAGUUCGAAUCAUGGGGACGUCACCCUCCAAGGGCCAAAUAAACAAAUGGCCCCAUAAGACUCUGCGCUAUCCGGCCCAUUCCGGCUGUGACGCCCCUGACUGGCACAGUUCGGUGGUACUAGUAGCCCAGAUGGUACCAGGAGGGCAACUGUCUGGGUUAAGAGUGAGAGAGAGAGAGGUGAUGUAUCCAACGGUGAAGCAGCAGUCAUCUUCCUCUGAUGGAGCGAUCAGAGCCGUACGAGCAGCCAUGAGACCGCUUCUCUUGGUGAUCUUCCUGGGUUGUCUUGUGUUGUGGGUGAUGAUGCCCACUAAUACUUACAGGGGAAAAUGGCUCCUUCAACUCCAAGCAAAAACUGAUUCCACGUAUUUUGGACAACAAGGUACCACCAUGCUGAUUUAUACAUUUCCAGUACUAUUUGCGGCUGUCCUGGGCUGUGUAUAUCUCCAUUUGGGAAAGAAACUGAAUGAUAAUAAGUCUAUAAGCAGCCCUAAAGAAGAUCGAUUGACCGUAUGGAAGAAGCCUGUCCUUGUGAAAGGCCCUCUAGGGAUCGUCUCAAUGACAGAGCUGCUCUUCUUUGUGAUGUUCAUUGCACUUCUCGUUUGGUCGUUUUGGGAGUAUCUCCACAACGGUUUUCAAGGUAUCGAAGCUAAAGCAGCCAAGAAAGGGGAGAAACUGUGGGUGUCAAAGCUGGGCGCUGCAGCUCUGAGGCUAGGGCUAACUGGGAACAUAGUCCUUGCAUUUCUCUUCUUUCCGGUGGCUCGUGGGUCGUCGAUAUUGCCACUCUUUGGCCUCACUUCAGAGGGUAGCAUCAAGUAUCAUAUAUGGCUAGGGCACAUUUGCUUGGCCCUCUUCACUUCACAUGGUGUCUGUUACAUAAUUAGGUGGAUUGCCAAACACAAUCUGCUAAACCAGAUCCGAGAAUGGGAUAGAACCGGUGUAUCAAUCCUGGCCGGAGAGAUAUCUCUGGUAGGUGGAUUAGUCAUGUGGGUGACUACCUUCCCAAGAAUAAGGAGAAAGAAGUUUGAGCUCUUCUUUUACACACAUUACCUUUAUAUAAUCUUCAUGUUGUUCUUCAUCCUCCAUGUUGGUAUCACCUACGCCUUCAUUUCUCUCCCUAGUUUCUACCUUUUCCUGGUCGAUCGCUACUUGAGAUUUCUACAAUCUCAAAGAAAAGUUCGCUUAAUUUCUGCCCGCGUUUUGCCAUGUGAAACUGUUGAGCUCAAUUUCUCAAAGACCCCAGGUCUGCAAUAUUCGCCAAUGAGCAUAUUGUUCGUAAAUUUGCCUAGCGUUUCCAAGCUGCAGUGGCACCCUUUUACAGUCACUUCUAAUAGUAAUUUAGAGCAAGAUAAGCUCAGUGUGACGAUUAAAGGUGAUGGAAGCUGGUCAAAGAAGCUAUACCAGAUGCUUUCAUCGUCUUCAUCAGUUGAUCAUCUUGAAGCAUCCAUUGAAGGACCUUAUGGACCUGUUUCAACUAAUUUUCUAGGGCAUGAUACGCUUGUGAUGGUGAGUGGAGGCAGUGGGAUUACUCCCUUCAUCUCUGUUAUUCGAGAGCUAAUCUUCAGUAGUUCUGUUCUGAAAAUCAAAACCCCGAAAAUUCUCCUUAUUUCCUCAUUCAAGAGCUCUUCAGACCUCACAAUGUUAGAUCUUAUCCUUCCGCUUUCGGGUGGCCCUUUAGUCCUAUCCAGCUUGCAGCUACAAGUCGAGGCCUAUGUGACAAGAGAGAAAGAACCUGCUACAGAGAAUCUUAAGCCCCUUCAAGCUCUAUGGUUCAAGCCGAAGGCGACAGACGCACCUGCGUCAGCAAUUCUAGGCCCAAACAGCUGGCUAUGCCUUGGCGCGAUAAUAUCAUCGUCUUUCGUCAUCUUCCUUGUCUUAAUGGGACUUCUUACUCGAUACUACAUCUACCCUAUUGAUCACAACACCGGCCUAGACUACCCAACCUCGGCUCAAGCUGCUUUCAACAUCUUACUGAUGUGCGUCAGCAUAGCCAUAACAGCAAGUGGAGCUGUCCUCUGGAACAAGAAACAAAAUACCAUGGAAGCAAGACAAGUUCAAAAUAUGGAAGCGUCUUCAGCCUAUGGGUCACCAGCAUCAUUCUAUAAUUCUGAUAAAGAGCUGGAGAGCCUCCCUCGCCAGUCUCUUAUCCAAUCCACCAAGGUGCACUAUGGUGAAAGACCCGAUUUAAAGAGAAUUUUGUUUGAGUGCAAAGGAAAAACCGUUGGAGUUCUUGCAAGCGGGCCUAAGAAGAUGAGGCAUGAGGUUGCAACCAUAUGUUCUUCGGGUUUGGCAGACAAUCUCCAUUUUGAAUCCAUAAGCUUCAGCUGGUGAUUUACUCUAAAAAUCUUCAGCAUGCACACAACAAUGGAGGUGUGUGGUGGAUUAAUAAUGUAGACAAGACUUAUGGUUUUCUUGUAUUUUCUUUCUCCUUCUCUUUCUUUUCUUUACUCCUGCAAUUCUGACCAUAGUUCGAAGAAUGGAAGAAAAUAAAAUUUGAAUUGCUUUGGAGAUUAUCCUUC